CCCUUCGGCUUCCACCGAGCUGUCACAAUGGCCGCUAUGAUGCCCAGCUCAUCAGGAGGCGGAUCCAACCCGCCAUUCCGCUACGACAACGACGCCGUCGAGCAAGACCUAAUCGACCCCGACGAUGCCAACCUGGACGACCUCGACGACCCCCUCCAAUCCACCUCCGACCGCGCCCCCCUAACCGGCUCCAUCCAAUCCCGCCCCGGCAACCCCUCCACCCAAUCCUACCUCACCUCCCAAAUCCCCGGCGAAGACCGCCGCGCCACCACGAGCACUAUCGACGAGUCCGUCUGGGACACCCUCCGCCGCGACCUCCUCGGCGUCUGGGAGAAGAUGCGCCAGGUGCUGUACCCGAAAUACCUGUUGGGCGGGAUGCUGGCGCGGUCAGGAGGGGUCGGCGCGGAGGAGAGGGGCGAGGCAGGUGUGGGGAGCGGAGCAGGGGCACGGUUUGAGGCGCUGAGAGGGGUGGUGGGACGGUGGCCGGAUGCGGAGACGGUGUUGGAAGGGGGGAUGAGUGAGGGAUUGAGAGAUUGGGAUCUGUGGGGUCCGUUGCUGUUUUGUUUGCUGCUGGCGUUCUUGCUGUCGAGGGGCGCGCAGGAUGAGCAGAAGAGUUUGGUAUUCUCGGGGGUGUUUGCAAUGGUGUGGAUUGGAGAGGCGGUCGUGACGUUGCAGAUUAAGUUGCUGGGAGGAAACAUAUCAUUUUUCCAGUCAAUAUGUAUCAUCGGAUACACCCUCUUCCCUCUCGUCAUUGCCUCGCUCCUCUCCGCUCUCAACACACCCAUUAUUGUGCGGAUUCCAGUUUACAUCGUCCUUGUUGCGUGGUCGCUAGCAGCCGGUGUCAGCAUCCUCGGUGGGUCAGGGGUCGUGCGAAACCGUGUGGGCAUUGCGGUUUAUCCGCUCUUUGUGUUUUAUAUCGGCUUGGGAUGUCUCUGCUUUAUUACUUAAUAGGGCAAGCUGAAAAUAUCAUCGAAGGUCGAGCUUCGAAGAUCGCUCGCCACUGCGCUGGGAAAUAUGUACGGUAUUUGUAGAGAUGCAUAGUUAGGAGUUUGGGGGCGAACGACAGUAUCUCAGACCUUUUUUAAUUCGUAAACCACCUAUCCAGGUAUUGUUGUGAGG